UUCUUUUUGUUUCCAGAUGGUGUUCCUGUUUUGGAUUUGAUGUCUCUCUUCCUCCCAAAUCUGACAGCUCAUAGAAACUGUGAUCCUGCUGUAUACAAUGGCGUCUAGAAAACCUUUGACAGUUGCACCAUUGCUGAUACUUGUGAUGAGUGUCUUCAGAGGACAUACCCUCACAUGUCCAACAGAGUAUCAGAUCGGGAAUCAAUGCUGUCAAAUGUGUCCAGCUGGUAGUCGAGUUGAAAAAGAUUGCACAGAGUUCAAACAGACUUCCUGUCUGCCUUGCACGGAGGGAACAUUUAUGACUCAUCCUACUCAUUUCAUGAGGUGUUUGUCCUGUUUACGCUGCUAUGCAGAUUUUGGUUUAAAGCUGAAGACACCAUGUACGGCUACCUCAGAUACAGUUUGUGAACCACUGGAGGGAUUCUACUGUCUGUUCUUUAUAGAGGACGGCUGUAUGGAAGCACAGAAACACAGCAGCUGUCAACCAGGACAAUAUAUCAGCCUAAAAGGAACAGCAUUAAGCGACACUGAGUGCUCUAACUGCAGUGAUGGAACAUUUUCAGAUGGGACAUUAUUGACAUCGUGUCAGCCACACACACAAUGUCAAUCAUUGAAUCUUCAGCUGAUAAAACCAGGAACUGCUUCAACGGAUGCUGAAUGUGGAGAACAAAGUUCAGGAGCUGUGAUCGGCAUCGUGGUGCCUGUGAUAUGUUCAGUGGUGGCUGGAAUAUCUCUGCUGAUUCUCAGAAAGAAGGGACGAUGUAAAAACACAGAAAGAAAAAGAAGUGCAGACAAUCCCCAACAGUACUUCAAAAAGAAUAAACAUCGACAUGAAGAAGAAGAAGAGCUGCAGGGUGUGGCUGUGAUAAAUGAACACAGAGACAGUUCAUCGGACACUGCAGAGGAAAGAUCAGAACUCUUCACUUACUCAGUAAAACAGAAGUCUGCGUAGACCACUGCUUUCACACAAAAGUCGGGCAAUGACCACAUUUUCUAAAAUCCAUAAAUAUGCAGCCAGUAUAUUACUGUAAAUUCAAAUAAACUUUCUAUUUACAGUAAAAUACCUUACAUUUAAAAACAGUAUGCUUAGUGCAAAUAAACAGUAGUUUACUGGCGAAGCUGCUUCCAGUGUAUUACUGUAAAUUUACAGUGAAAUGUUUUACAGUGUAGAAUAUUUACAAUGAAAUGAAGUCAUUCAUUUGAUUUUUCUGCAGAUUUUUCACAGAUUUUAAACAAAUUAAACAAAAAGAUUUUCAUUCUAGAUCACCGCUGAAAACCAAAAAGAAAAAGAAUUCAGUUUGAGUCUGAGUUGUUUUGAAGGAAAAGGGAGUUUACGUUGGGACCUGUAUGAAGAGUUUUGGUGGUUGGAGUGAGUUUUGGAGGAGCGAUUCACUGUCUGUCCCGACACAUUUUUGGUAAUGCUGAUUGUAUGAAGAGUUUUUUAAAAAGUGGCUUCAGUAUUGACAUUCUUUUUAGCAAU